GAAGCGGACGGUGCCGGCGAGGAGGGUUCGAAAAUGCCCCGCGCAUUUCUGGUGAAGAAGCCGUGCGUCUCCACGUGCAAGAGGAACUGGAGCGAGCUCCCCGACGAGGAGCGAGGCGAGAUCUACGUGCCAGUCAGUCUGGGCUUCUGCCCACCACAGCCCUACCGGGAACCAGAGCCGUCGGUGGCUGAACCCCCAUCUUGCCCCCUGGUUUUGGACAUGAGCCUUCGGGACUCCAGCUAUAGUGUGGCCCCUGGACCCUGCGUGGUAGCCCAGCUGCCCUCCGAAGACGUGAGUCGUUUGGCAGACCCCCAGAGCAGAGACCACGGCUUCCUGCGCACCAAGAUGAAGGUGACCCUGGGGGACAGUCCCAGUGGAGACCUCUUCACUUGCCAUAUCUGCCAGAAGGCCUUCACCUACCAGCGCAUGCUGAAUCGCCACAUGAAGUGUCACAACGACGUCAAGAGGCACCUCUGCACCUACUGUGGGAAGGGCUUCAAUGACACAUUCGACCUGAAGAGACACGUCCGCACCCACACCGGCGUGAGGCCCUAUAAGUGCAGCUUGUGUGACAAGGCCUUCACGCAGCGCUGCUCUCUGGAGUCUCAUCUCAAGAAGAUCCACGGCGUGCAGCAGAAGUACGCGUACAAGGAGCGGCGGGCCAAGCUGUACGUGUGUGAGGAGUGUGGCUGCACGUCUGAGAGCCAGGAGGGCCACGUCCUGCACCUGAAGGAGCACCACCCCGACAGCCCACUGCUGCGCAAGACCUCCAAGAAGGUGGCCGUGGCCCUGCAGAAUACUGUCACCUCCCUGCUACAGAGCAACCACCACCUCUGAGUGGCACCACCCGGCCUGGGUCGCCUGCCCGCUGCCCGGCCAGUCCACCCUCCCGCUGCCUCUCGUGGGCCGCGGUGACCAGGCCUGGAGGCCCCCACCCCCUGCCCGGGCACACGUGCCGGCUUCGGCCCUGCACUGAGCUCUGUUCACGUUUGCAUUUUUGUCUGAUGGGCAGAGGCCACUCCGAGCCCCGGGCCGACAUGGGCGAGGCCCACCUUCAGAGAGAGGACUUCCCAGAGGAGGGACAUGAGGAUGCUUGGUGGCCUUCCUCCUCUGGAGCACAGGGGCGGGGACCGCUGGUCCCCCGUGGACAGCAGAGGAAAGAGCACGGGCAGAGAGCAGCCGGGCAAACCCAAGGUGCUGCUGGGGGAGCUGGUGCCCGCCUGCCCCGCGGUGCAUCCAGCGCUCAGGGCCGCGGGGGGUGAGGCCCUUCCCACAGGGAGAUGCAUACACGUGCCCAGCUGUGGACGCGUGUGCGCACACAGGAGGCCUUUCCACACAUCACCUCAUUUUUAGGAAAUCGACGACAAGGUGCCAAGGAAGUUUUAUUUCCUUUUUUUAAAGAUGACAC